CUCACUGCAGUGUCACCGGUGGACUGUGGUGAUGGUGGGAUGGAGGAUAUAUAAACCAGCCGGGCGUGUUCACUGCCACAGGACUGAAGCGUUCGGACUUUGAUUCAAGAUGCCAAACUGGGGAGGAGGAGCCAAGUGUGCGGCCUGUGAGAAGUCGGUGUAUCAUGCAGAGGAGAUCCAGUGUAAUGGGAGGAGCUUCCAUAAAACCUGCUUCAUCUGCAUGAGCUGCAGAAAAGGGCUGGACAGCACCACGAUGGCAGCGCACGAGUCCGAGAUCUACUGCAAGUCCUGCUACGGCAAGAAAUAUGGGCCCAAAGGCUACGGAUACGGGCAGGGAGCCGGAGCUCUGAGCUCGGAUCCUCCCGGACAGAAUGUGGACAUGCAGCAGGCGUUCUUCGAGGCCUUCCACACCUCGCCGUGAG